AUGGAGAAUGUCCAUUAUGCGACAUGGGCGGAGCUCUUCAAAAUCCAUUGCCGUUCUCAUCGCGUCAUUGAUCAUAUUAUUCCUCCUGAGAAACCUAAAACACCAACCACCGAUGAUGAGAAAGAAUUAUGGUCAACUCUCGACGCCACGGUUCUCCAAUGGAUUUAUGCAACAAUAUCCAGUGACUUGUUGCACACUAUUAUCGAACCUGACUCCACGGCUAUGAAUGCUUGGGAUCUAUUGCGGGACAUAUUCCAAGACAAUGAACAUUCUCGUGCCGUGACUCUUGAGCAUGAAUUUUCCCACACUAAUAUGGCAGAUUUUUCUAACGCCUCGGCAUACUGUCAACGUCUCAAGGUACUAUCUGAUCAACUAAAGAAUGUCGGUGCUCCGGUCUCAAAUAGUCGUCUUGUUCUACAGUUGGUUUCGGGUCUCACAGAGGAUUACAACAAUGUUGGUACGCUUAUUCAACAAAGCAAACCUCUCCCACCCUUUUAUCAAGCUCGAUCCAUGCUUGUGCUUGAAGAAGCCGGGCUGACCAAGAAAGUUGGUGUCACAGGUGGUGCAGCCAUGGUGGCACACUCAUUGGAUGACUCAUCUUCUUCCCAUGGUAAUUUUUCUGAAAAUUCCUCUCAUAAUACUUUUCACAAUAAGCAAAAUUAUGGUGGAAAAAAUAAAACCAACAAACACCAGGGUGGCCGGAAAUCCGGCGGUGGUCGGAAUGGUGGUGGGAAGGCCGGCAGUGGUGGUUUUGGCAGCGGCCAGCGUGGGGGCACCCAACCGGGGCAGCAGCGGCAGUGGAUGCCGUGGAAUGGUGGACAACAGCCUUGGCCAUGGCAAUAUAUGCCUUGGGAUGUCCCACCCUCUCCAUAUCCCACUAUGACAUGGGCCAGGCCCAAUUUCCCUCCACAUGGGCAGCAGCAAGCUAAUUCAAAUUCCAGCAUUCUUGGGCCAAGACCAUCCCAAGCUUAUUCUGCAGUAGCUUCUCCUGUGCAUACUGACAUUGACUCUGCAAUGCACACUCUUGCUCUCAAUCCUCCUGAUGCAAAUUGGUACAUGGACACCGGUGCCACCUCUCAUAUGACAUCUGCACUAGGUAAUCUUUCGUCUUAUUUUAAUUUGAGCAAUAAUAAUCGUGGUAUAAUUGUCGAAAAUGGUCAUUCUAUUUCAAUUCGUGGUUAUGGUCACACUACAUUGUCUCCUCCAACCCUCCUUUAUCAUUAA